AUGGCCCUCAUACGAACGCGGUCCCGCCUUGCCGUGGCAACCUACCGGCAGUCAAAGGUCAGUGAUCGGUUUCAGCUACUGAUCACAAAGAAGGAGGUGGAGUGCGACUACGUUGGCGUGGAUGCGACGGCACUGGUCGCAACGGGGCUCCGCCUCGCCAAAAAUGUGACGACGGAGCAGCGACGACACAAGGAGGUGGCACGUCACGUGGCACAAUCGCUGCAGCAGCUGCUCAAGAAAGUGCGCUGUAAGAAAUCUCUUUUUGUCGCGAUGGAUGGUGCAGAAACGUUGUUGAAGGCCGACCUAACGCGGAGCAGUAGCUUGACGCGGAAGAUCGAAAGUCGUCUGAUGCGCCUGCCAGGAACCGCUCUCAUGCAAGCGGUGGAGGAGCGCCUGGUACGCAUGAUGCCAGAACGACAAAUUAUUCCCGGGGAGGUCGUGUUCUCUGGCACUUGUGUUCAUGGCUGUGUGGAACAGAAGAUGUCUGCGUGGGCGUUGGAUCUGGCGUCCCGCGACACCUUCAACGGGAGCUCAGACUCACUGUGCCUCAUUGGGGCCUCGGAGUUGUAUCUGAACGUGAUGGCCCUGUCGCCGUUCUACAACGUCGUCAGUGUGGUGCAGAAUAACGCAGACCUGCGGCAAAUGCGUUUGCAGGAUAUUCUUGAAUGGCUAGAGCUCGAUAAGAAGGCGAAGGAAGGGGAAAGUGUUACCAUUGCAAAGAUGCGCACAGAUAUUCUUUUUCUGUUUAUUCUUGCCUUUGGUGCUUCCGCAACGGAGCUCAGCCCUCUGCCAGGUCUGGCCUUCCACGAGUUGGUGGAGUGGUAUGUGAAGCUCAUGAGCGAGUCCGUCGCCAAUGCAACAUCCUCACCGAGUGGCCCCUCCACGGCAUCGACUGCCGCUGCGGAGGGGACAUUUUUGUUUGAGGACGCCCCUGGAAAUACGCUGCGGCUAAGCCUUCCGCUUCUCUGCCGCAUCAUGCAGCUGGCUACUCGGAAAGAGGUGGCUCAGCGAAUUGACGCGGCAUCCGAGGUGUACCUGGAGCAUGCACUGCAGACCCACGCCAUGUUGUGCCUCGGCGAGGCGCCUGAGCAUGAUUACUUCCCUACAGUAUCAUCGUCGCCGCAAGGCAACUCAGCGAUGCCAGGAUUGGCGCAGUUCACGGGGCACCUUAACGCACUUUGCACUUCUUCGCCGCAGCGCACCGCGCGUUGUGCCGUGCCCCGCAUUAAUUCUACGGAAUCAUCCGAGGGAAGUCGUGAGCCGCCCUCCCAGCACCGGCCCCUGACGGCGGCGGAAUACACCAUUCUCUGCCAGUCGUUACCGGCCACUGUGGAAGGGUUGAUUCAUCAAUACGUUGGUGUCGCCCCAAAGCCGGAGGUUGGCAAGAUGAUCACUACCGCAAACACAGUGGAGGCCCAUCAACUUGUGCGGGAGGUGCUUUCGUACGCGAACCCUUCGAAGCCGCACAAGUGCCUGUGCCUCUCCCCAUCGUAUUGCUGGUUGCAGAAUGAGAAGACACAGCUGUGGAAGUUUCAGUACGUCGAUGUCGGCGUCCGCAGUCAUAAGGCGGAGACGCGUCGGCACCGCAACGCCAUAAAAGGUGUGAUGUUGGAGGUAAACAUGUCUCGUGAUGGACCGUCGUAUUUUGCCCUCUCCAGCGCGACGUGGGAGCCAAUCACUAACUUCCCGUGUGGGGCAGAGGACGUUUGCGCUGCCCCAAUGCGGGACGUAAACGGCCCCGAAGCGGCGUCCACAUCGCUGCAGGAGGAGGACGAUGACACAGAUAAGGAACCACUGCUGGUGACGCCACCACCAGCAGCAGCGGCGAGAGAACGUCAAACGGGAGCAGCGGCGCAAGAGGGUGCUGAGGAGCCUGCGUUGUCUUCCUGCCCCACGCGUGGCAACAAGGAGGGAAGGCGAGUAGGCACCGCAAAACAGGUGACGUUAAAGUUGCUUACGUGGAACGUCAUGUUUGACCGGUAUAGCGGCAAACCCACCCCGCUGGGAAUGCCUGGCAUCGAUUGGUGUUCCUCGAAACGGUACCCGGUCCUCGCAAAGGUUAUUGAGCAGGAGGAUGCAGAUGUUGUGGGUAUGCAAGAGGUUGAACCCGUUUUUUGGGAAUUUCUGUCAAAGCAACCGUGGAUGCGUGAAAAUUAUUACUUCUCAUGCGGUUACACGAGUCCGUCUAUUAUGCCGUGGGGCGUGCUUAUGCUGGUGCAUCGCCGGCGCUUUCCCGUGCAAAGCAUCACAUAUCUUAAUGUCCCUGCAUGGACAAAUCACGUCUCGCUAAUGCCCGUUGUGUCUCUUCAGAUGCCGCACGGGCCCGUGCACGUGGCGGCAGCACAUCUCUUGGCCCCAUACACGAAAUCCCAUGAGACGGCACGCACCUCACAAGACUCCGUGCUGCGGCAUCACAUGGUAAAGACAUUAACCGGUGACGUUGUCACGAUGGGUGACUUUAACGACUGGCCCACGCAAGAGUUUCUUAUGCCGGCGGAAUCUCAGUACGUUGAUUGUUGGCCGCUAUUGCACCCGCGCGAUGCUGGAAAAACCAUGGACGAGACGAACACAUUUUGUAAACUGAAGGUGGAGGAGAUGUUUUUUGGGCGCUCCGAUAAAAUGUUUCUGCGCAGCUGCCGCCUCGCUCCGGUGGAUGGGCACCUUGUGGGCACGAAGAGUGUGAACGACGAGAAUGGCAACAAGGAUGCCCCUGCUUACUUGUUCCCCUCAGACCACUACGGUGUGAGCAUGACGUUUGCGUUAAAGCCGUAA